CGAAGGCUUGCCUACACCUCUGUCGCCGUCUUGUUUUUUUUUUGUUUUUGUUUUUGUUUUUUUGUUUGUUUUCGGACCUGCGCGCGCGCGCGCGCUAUGGGACCGAGCUCCCCCUGAGCGCCUCUACCGCGUGUUUUUACUUGACCCCGGGCCGAUUUCUGCGGCGGCUAUGCGGUCUCUCUCGCACGUUAACGUGGUGCUGGUGAUGGCCUACGGAAGUCUGGUGUUCGUCUUGCUGUUCAUCUUCGUCAAAAGACAAAUCGUGCGGUUUGCCAUGAAGUCUCGGAGAGGGCCGCACGUUCCCCUUGGCCACAACGCCCCCAAGGACUUGAGACAGGAAAUUGAUUCCAAGCUGAACAAGGUUCAGAAAAUCCACUUUGAGCCACGCCUGCUGUCCCCAGAAGAUGACCGGCUGAACUGCAGGGGGCGGAGUGGUUGCUAUGACUACCUCUAUAGGAUGAGAGCACUAGACGCCAUUAGAGACACAGAUUUGCCAUUUCGCGAACUGGGAGGGACGCCCACUGCUAUCACUGGGAAGAGAUUCAGGACCUGGCUUUUAGAGCUACGAAACUCCAACGCUCUCAUCCACAGUAACCAAAGCUCCCUCAUCGACACGGUGCUGGAGGGUUAUAAUAACGCGCGCCACGGGGCAGAGGUGUUUGGCGAAGCAGAGUUUUUGAAAUACCAGGAGGCUCUAACUGAACUAGCCUCUGUUGUGAAGACUCACACCAGCAGCACCACGCUGAGCCAGCAUCACCAGUCCGCAGCCAAAGACUUGACUGGCGGCCCGGAGCCUUCGCCCUCCCCCUCCUCCCCCACCCAAACCACGCUGCUUACAGCCGGAGCGCAGCAGCGCAGCAAGCGGGCGAAGCACUUCCUGGAGCUCAAGAGCUUCAAGGACAACUACAACACACUGGAGAGCUCGUUUUGAGCCAACUGCAACUCCCAGCCAAUAGGAAGGCCGAACGGGUUGUUAGCGCUUCCACAGCUACAAGUGCCUAUGGCUGGGGAGAGGGUGCAAUACUGCUGGAUAGUAGUAGAAGGAAAUAAUGUUGCCUUAGAUCCAUGAGGGAAACACUGCCUGCCUGUACUAAUAAUACACAUCACCAGAUUAUUACUGCAUAUCGCACUGAUACCUGGUACUGUGCUAUUUACCUAAGCUUAGCCAGUAUACUAUAUCCCGUGUUAUCGUGAGCAUUGUUGUGAUAUUUGUAGAGAACAACAACAAAAAAACCACAUUACCAUGUUGGGUUGAUUUGACCAAAACAGAUUCUUAGCUAUGGAGCUAUGCAAUGGCAUAAGACAAUCAGUGUGUGUUGCACAAUGUAAAGACCUCAGCAGCUUUAACGUGGACUCGCCGCUCAUUCCCAUCGCUUGUAAUGUAGACCGACACACUUGACCAGCAGUAUUAUGCGACGCGUAGGAACCCGUGUGGUGAUUCCCGGGUGCCGAAAGGGGAUUUUUUUUGUUUUGUUGUUGCACUGUCUACUGUUCAUUUGCCGCACAGGAAAUGUGACGGCCUCUACUUGUGUAGCCGUCAACGUCACUGUUUCACAGAAGCCAUAACUGCUUGAGUGAAUUCUAACGAUUAAGUGCUCUUUCACUGAUGUGACUUCUCUUUGUGCAAUGUAAUUCUAAAAGGGUAUUCCUGUGCAUUAAUGCAUCCUGAAUGUGAGGCGUUGCCUGUGGGCCAGUCUACUUCCUGACGCUCGCCGUCUCUUCACCAAACGUAGCCGGGGCCUUGGCUGCGUGUGGCUGGUGUGAGACGUGAAGUGUUAUGUUUGUUAUUGUGCAAGAUGCCAUUGCAAUAAAUAGGCGUCACGCGGGUGUGCUGCCUGGAAUGUGUGAA